UCCUUUCUUCUCCGAUUCUUCUUCUUCCCCAAUUCUUCUUCUUCACCUAUUCUUCUUCUCCUGCUCUGCUCUUGCGCGACGGUUCACGGUAUGGAGAAAUUACAAACCGAAACCGAACCGACGGAACUAAGGUUUCGGUUCGGUUUGCAUCCGGUUUCGGUUCGAACCGUAAAGGCCGGUUCAUAAAUCGUCGAACCGGCGGUUCGAACCGACGGUUCGAAACCGAAUGGGCAAGUCUGAAUGUACAAUAGUCAGCGGCGUCGCAGGGCCAUCAAUUUCCGAGCGACCAUCGGAGGUAAUGGCGGACGGUGAGAGCCCGAGGAGCUCCUCAGCGGACGCGAAUACCUGUCCCAUUUGUUUGACGCAAAUUACUGAAGAUUCUUACCUAGACCAGUGUUUCCAUAAAUUCUGCUAUAACUGCAUCAUUAGAUGGACCAAUGUUGUUGCAAGCAAGCAGUCCUGUGUGCCUUCAUCAGUGAAAUGCCCUUUAUGCAAGAGAGACAACUGGUCCAUUAUUUAUGGAUAUGAUGGACAAGCUUUUCAACGGCAUUAUGUUGGCCAGAGUUUGGGGAAUAGUGAAUUUUUUUCAGAAGCUCACAGGUAUAGAUUAAAGUGCUACUACACUGAUAUAGGGGAUUUUGCUGAUAAACUCAAUGUUUCACGAUUUUGGAAGUUUCACAAGUAUAAACAGCAGAAUCGUUUUCUGCCUGAUUGGUUGAGAAGGGAAAUUCAGGCUGUACUGCAGGAAGAGGAUGUUGAUAUUAUCAUGCACCACAUACUUGGUGUGAUUGACUCAUUAAGAAGAAAAUGGCUAAAAGAUUCAAAAACUUCAAUCGAGAUGGCACAAGAAGAGUUCAAAGCAUCUGUUUCCGAAGCAAUCAGACCUUUCCUAACAGGUAGAACAGAAAGGUUUGUGAGUGAACUAGAACUUUUUCUUUCCUCUGGCCUGAAUAUCGAUGCUUAUGAUAAAGUCUACACUAAGCAUUUAGGCUGGAAAAUUCCACAAAUAAGUGAGGACGAGUAUGAUGAAACUCUUGAGCAUAUGCCUUCUUCCAUUCCAUACUUGCAUAUCUUCGAAGGAGAUUCUGAUGAAAAUUGAGAAAUCAGUUUUAUGAUUUUAUCAAAUUCAUUGCAUCCAGACCACGACUUCGUUGUCAUCUAGUUAAGUUCGAAAGGAUGCAUGGGCGACACAUUGUGGUGAUGUGAAUUCAUUCAUGGAAAGGGCUGUGGUUAUGAAAAUGUGAUGUUUUGUUAGGAGUUGAAUAGUUGCAACGGUAGGAUAUUAAUAUUUUAGCUAGGUUGUACGGAUAACUAUUUAGUGAACUUUGAAUUGUGUCUUAACACCUCAAUUUGAAGGAAGUGGGGAUAUUGUUUGGUUGUGAUUUGGAGCAAUGUUUAUGCUUAGGUUGAAAAGCACAACCCGUUCUUAGUAUAUUUUGAGAUACCGUUCGAGUUCUUUUAGAGUUCAGUUCGAACUUUGAAUAGUGGUUUAGAUCUGAUGUUUUGUCGAAGUGGAAACCCGCAAUUGAACUAUGUGUGGCAGAUGGACCUGUAUAGGAGUGGAGAGGGGGAUUUUGAGGUCACAAGUUCAUUUGUGUAACCAUAGUAUUGUGUUUUAUUCAUAUUUUUAUUAUUUUAAAUAAAAAUAUUGAGUUUGUUUUUAGUUUUAAACCAAAAUUACUAUUAUCCGAUUCACCCUAUUUGUAAUAUAAAACAUUAAAUAAAAAAACUCAAAAUAAAUUCAAACCUUUUAUCUUACAAAAAAAAAUUGCAUCAAUCAAAGAUACAAAUAUUGAGUCCUGUGGGUAUAAUUUAUAAUUUUCAACAGUAUACAAAUAAACGUUGAAGCAACAAAAAACAGCUCUCCUCAAGAAGAAAGAAUAAUGAA